AAGCCCUGAUCGAGAACAGUUAAAAGCAGGCUAGCCUGGUCUCCCAAACUAGUAUUGUCCUGUGUCAUUGAAGCAUGGUUACUGCCAACCUCCAGACAGCUUUGGGGUAGUUUAUAGAAAAAGAGUGUCUAAACUUUCUAUACUCAUCAUCGGCAUAACAUGUCAGAUUGUGUUGUCGCGGUGUGGGAGGGGGGAGGUGAGCAAAGGGAAGGUCCUUACAGGGGUGGCGGAGGAAAGACAGGGUGGAAGAAAGAGUGGAGAAUGGCAGAAAUCACAGGGAAAUGAUGGUAUUUAUGAGCUGUCUUUCUGUGGCUGUCCCCAUGGCGACAAUUUGUGAUGGCAAAGAAUGUGAGAACGGGGAGCCUAAUGCCUGAUUGGGAUGCUUUGUAUUUGGCAAAGUGGCUUCUGAUUGGUCUGAGAAAGCCCCCUAACUAGAAGGAGUUGAUAUUCAUUCAGCUUGCUCAAGUGCUGCUAAACUGCUUCUAAACACUCAGAGGCUCCGGUUGCUUCUCUGAAGGGGUUUGAAGUCCUGAUUAUAUCCCUCCUGCUUUUACAGGUUUGCCCAAGUUUGAGGAGUGGGAUUAUAUAUUUUUAAUGGAAAUCUCCAGGGACAUCACUCUUUGAAAUGGCAUCAGACAGCGAAGUGAAAACGUUACUGAAUUUUGUGAACCUGGCCUCUAGUGACAUCAAAGCCGCUCUGGACAAGUCUGCUCCCUGCCGCCGCUCAGUUGAUCACAGGAAAUACCUGCAGAAGCAGCUCAAGCGUUUUUCUCAAAAAUAUUCCAGGAUCCCAAGAUGCCCCACUAGCAAAUCCAUAGAAUCCAGCUCGAAAAGGGGGACAGAUGAUAGAAAUCGCAGCUCAAACCCAGACGGCUUGGAUCCAAAUCACUGCAGAGUUUCCAGUGAAAAGGCCCUGAGGCUAUCAGAGGUGGAGGAGAACUUCAGUGGGGAACAGGUUUUGCAGGAGCAAAGCCCAGAAUCUAUAAGGCCAGACCAGGUGCCCAUGAGGAAAAGACAGCUGCCUGCUUCCUUCUGGGAAGAGCCUAGACCAACUCAGAGUUUGCUUGUUGGGAGCUUUCCUGCUGGAUUGGAUGGGCUCCCAAAUUCUAGGGACCUUCCUCCUUACAAGGGCAAGAAAAGCAAAAAAGGUCCUGAUACCACAGAACCAGGGACCCCCCCGCUGCCUGCCCAACCCAGAGGGGAGAAGGAGCCUAUCAAAGUGCCUGGGACCUCCUUAUCUGGCCGGAUGAACGCCUGGAGCUGCUGUCCAUUUCAGUACCAUGGACAACCUGUUUACCAAACCCAUGGAGCCCUACCUCAGUCGCCCUUCCCAGGCCUGGGGCUGUGGAGGAAAAGCACAGCACCAGCAGGGGAGAUCCAACACUUCUGCAAGGAGGCAGGCAGCAUGGGGCAGAAACUAUACAGACCAGUGGUUUUGAAACCCAUCCCCACUAAACCAGCAGUACCACCUCCUAUUUUCAAUGUCUUUGGCUACAUUUAACUUGAAGGAGGGGAAGGGAGGGAAUUUUGUGCUGUAUACGGUAGCGCUUACAUUUCACUCUCAUUUGAAACUGCAGAUAGUGGCCCACUGUCACAUGGUGGAGCAAUUCUUAUGGAAAGAAUGUGCUCUCGUUUCCGUCUGUAUGUAGAUGGGCAGCUCUUACAUGCUGCUCUUUUGAUUGGAACGGCACAGGCUGGCUGACUUAAA